AGCAUCUAAUAAGGCAUGGUUCCUCCUUAUUUAUAAAUAAAUGAUAUAAGGCUUAGCCUAUCAUUCUUCAUUCAUCAUCUAACUUAAUACCAUGGCGUAUAUGGUUGGCCUUAGGUGUGUCUUCACCACCUGCUUCUUUCUCUCUCUCAUCCUUGCUCCCCUCCCUCGUUUUUCAUCAUCAACGGUAGUGGAAAACAAGAAAGAAUCAUCAGAGGUAUACGAGAUAGAUUAUAGAGGUCCUGAGACUCACUCAUCUGUUCCUCCUCCUCAUCGCUUCCCUCGCCAUCCUAAAACUUCACUUAUUAUUCACACUCAGAAAAAAGGUUGAAAAAGCUUAGCUUGGUGCUAUCAUGAUAUAGAAGUGUUUUCGCUACACUACUACGCUGGGCCUAAGUGAAUAUUAUUUAUAAAUCAAAAGUGAAGAUGGUAAAGAGAGAUUUGAGCAAUUUUCCUCCUAUAAUUAUUAUUAAAUACUUUGUGUCUCUAUUUUUCAUAAUAUUUACUUUUGAUGUAUAAAUAAUAUUAAUUAUUCCAAAUAUUGUAUCUUGAUUUGAUUUGCUCAUAUAAUUGAUGGCAGAAAAAAUCAGUGUGUAUCAGAUUUGUGUGGAUCACCUAAAAUGGACGGAAACAAUUUGUGGCAUUAUUUUUGGAGUCUAAUAUACUUGUAACUUUCAACAGAUAUGGCAUAAAUAUAUGCUCCUUUCAUGUUCGUUUUGAAGA